CUAUCGUUGCCAUGGUGAUUUAGCAAAUACACUGACUAGUGUUACCAAAAUGUCUUUGGAGAUUCGUAGAAGCAAGGGAUUAGCAGCUACACAAAGGCAGCAACCCAGGCCUUCGGCAACUGUCCUAUCUAUGCAAGAAUUGGAGAGGCUGAAGCUUAAAAUAUCUGGAGUUGACUUGGAUAAGGAAGAAGCAAUGCAAAGAGAACGUGAUAAGGAAGCUAAGCAUCAAGCUUCCUGUAACAUGGUGAAGAACUGGAGGAAUACAAUAGAGGGACAGAGGUUAAAACGACUUGAAAAUCUCAAAGUAAAAGAGAUUAAAGAGGAGGAAGAAAGAGUUAAAAUAGAUGAAGAGGAGGCAGAAUUUCAAGCAGCAAGGAGACAAGAGCUGAUAGAUCGUGCAAAAACACUUCUUUACUACCAGACAGAUAGACUUAAAGGAUUUCAUAGUGGACUAUUGCUCUCUGAGAUCCUUAAAGAAAGAGAAGCACAAAUUGCAUUCAAAAAGCAAAGGAGUGAUAUGUAUAAGGAUAGAGAUCAGAUGUAUCAGCGCUAUCAAGAAGAGCUGAGAGAGAAAACAAAAGUGGCAGAUACACUAGCUGCUCAAGAAAGGAGCAAAGCAGUUUCUGAGAUAGCAGCCUAUCAAGCAAAGCAGAUAUCUGAACAUGCUACUGCAAAGAAGAAAGAAAGGGAGCGUCAAUUAGAAGAACAGACUGCCAUAGACAAAGAAACUCAACGCUGGCAGGAGAUAGAGAAGGAGAAAGAAAUGCAGGCAGAGAGGAAGAAAUUAAUUCUUCGCCAGGAGCUGAAUGACUUGAUAAUGAGUAAUAGGACUUUUGCAAGAAUGAAAGAAGAACAGGAGAAAAUGCAACAAGCUGAGUGCGAACUAUUUGCAAAAGCCAAGAAGAAUAUGACUAAAAUGCGUAAACAAAAAGAAGCAGAAAUCCAUAGAGAGCUUCAAGGUCACCAAGAAAAGAUUGCAAAACACAUAGAGAGCAUGGUUGAAGAGAAAGUGAGCAAUGAAGAUGAAUUGAUUGCCAAAGCUGUAGCUGAGCAAGAUGCUAAAAGAGAGAGAAUAGAAAGAGAAAAGGCUGAGAAGCAAAUGAAAAGUGCAGCUGAAAUUGAUGAAUGUUGCCGUGAAAUGAUUUCAGAGCAAGAAAGAAAGAGGCGAGAAAUGAGAGAGCACGAGCAAGAGCUCCUUCGUCAAAGAGUUGAACAAGAUCAAAGAUUCCAUGCUAACAACCUUCAGAAGGAGCAGAAAAAGAUCCGCGAGGCAAAGGAAGUGGAGAAAUUUCUCAAAGCUCAAAUGGUUGAAAAAGAAGAGAGAGAAAGAAUGGAAAGGGAGGAAGAAAAGACGCAUCAACAGAAAAAUUUGAGUUUAUUGAAAGUUGAAGAGAACCAGUUUCAAGAAUAUGCUGGUCAAGUGAUACAGGAGACAAAAGAAAGAGACUUAAACACUUUUCCACUUAAAAAGGCAUCAAAAAGAGGAUCAGGAGGUGGACAUGGCCCUGUAUUCUCUGCCAAAGGUGAAGUUCGCCCUAGUUAUCAGCCAUGUGCAUCUCCAAUAGUUGAGCUACCCUCUUAUGCAUCUAAAGAAGUCCCUCUUGCUUGGAAACCCAGCAACACCAAAAAGAGAAUGGGUUUCAACUGGUAACUGGAGAUGUGGCUCGUUAAUUAAAGACUUGUAAUUAAUUUUAUUAAUAGUUAGUUGAAAUUAAUAGAUCACGUGAGGCGUAUCCGUA